CAUAACUAAUUGGUAAUUCCUUUGUUCACUCAGUGAGUCCCUACGGUUGCGGAAGAUGGCGGAACUUCCAUGAAUAGACAGCUACCAUUUUCAGGGAACAAUUACUUUGGAUCAGUUUCCACAUUAUCUGAAUCAUAGACAUGUACAGGAAGCUGCAAGAUUUCAAUAGGGUUAUGGUUAAAUUUCCAUUGCAUGAACAAGAUGAUCUGUUCUUGCAACAUUUAGUUUUCUGGUAUACUCGUUUACUCCGGGAAAUGAACUGCUAAAAUGGCCAAUGGAGGGAUCAGACAUCUUUUUGUUUGGUUACCAAGUGAUAUGGAAACCUGUCUUGUCUUAAACUCGAUUUGGCAUUUGUAGCUCGGAGAUACAUAUCAUGUCUCAGGCCAAAGUUGUGCCCACUCUUCGCAGACUAGCGUCGUUAGCUCAACAACGGUGUCCUGCUCCAGCCAUGGCUGCUGCUCCAUUAGAGCUGGGCUCCUAUCUUGAGGAAAACCUUAAUCAGGUUGUUUAUUCGCAUAACCGAGAGAUCGACCGUUUUAUAAAGUCCGGAAACCUGACCUAUGCACAAGACCUGUUCGAUCGAAUGUCCGAACGGGAUGUUGUCUCCUACAACCUCGUGAUUUCUGGUCAUAGCCACAAUGGGUGCCCUACACAAGCUAUGGAACUUUACGCUGAGAUGGUCUCCGGUGGUGUUAGAGAGAGCGCUUCGACGUUUUCUUCCGUUCUGAGUAUAUGUAGCGAUGCUGAGUUCUGGAGAGAAGGAGUUCAAGUCCAUUGCAGGGUGAUCUCGCUUGGGUUUGGAGGAAAUCUGUUCGUGGCUUCGUCGCUUGUUGGUCUUCACAUGUCCAUGCGGCUUCAAGAUGUAGCCUUGAAGUUGUUCGAGGAAAUGCCUGUGAGAAAUGUUGCAGCCUGCAAUCUGUUAUUACGUUGGUUUUCAGAGAACAGAGACACAGAGCAGUUGUUUGGAGUCCAUCGUAGGAUGGAACUGGAAGGUGUUGCCUUAAAUGGGCUUACAUACUGUUAUAUGAUCCGUGGUUGCUGUAAUGAUGUGUUAUUCGAUGAAGGGAAGCAACUGCAUUCACGUGUGAUUAAAUCCGGAUGGACCGAUUCUAAUAUCUUUGUGGCUAAUGCAUUGGUGGACUUCUACUCUUCUUGUGGUAGUUUAAUUGAAGCCAAGAAGUCAUUCGAAGCUGUUCCUGAAAUGGAUGUUAUAUCCUGGAACUCGAUUGUUUCGGCCUUUGCAGAUCACGGGUCCUUGCUCGAUUCUGUUGCUUUGUUCAGAAGGAUGCAGUUCUGGGGAAUGAGACCGUCGAUAAGGUCGUUUGUGGCAUUUCUGAAUUUCUGCACCAGAAAUGGCGAUGCCCAGUUUGGCAAGCAAACACAUUGUUAUAUUCUGAAAAUGGGGUUAGAUACUUCUUCGAGUAUUCAUGUCCAGUCUGCCCUAAUCGACAUGUAUGGAAAAUGCAACGACGUCGAGAGCUCCGUCUCUGUUUACCGGACUUUGCCUGCCCCAACUCUCGAGUGUUGUAACUCUUUGAUGACUUCUCUGAUGCAUUGUGUGAUCACCUCAGACGUCAUUGAGAUGUUCUGUCUGAUGAUUGAUGAAGGAAUCGGAAUAGAUGAAGUAACUCUCUCCACAGUGCUAAAGGCCUUAUCACUCUCUGCCCCUCCAAGCUUUCCCAGCUUCACAUCGGUACACUGUUGCGCUGUCAAAUCAGGAUAUGCAACUGAGACCGCAGUAUCGUGCUCUUUGAUCGAGGGUUACUCAAGAUGCGGUCAGGUAGAACUAUCUCGGAAGGUUUUCGAUGAUACUGCUUCCCCUAACGUCUUCUGUUUCACAUCUAUCAUCAGCGGUUAUGCUCGAAAUGGGAUGGGACGAGAUUGCAUUAACACGCUUAGAGAAAUGGAUCAAAAGGGUGUCGUUCCGGACGAAGUCACACUCUUGUGCGUAUUGUCAGGGUGCAGCCAUUCGGGGCUGGUGGAGGAAGGACAGUUGGUGUUCGAAUCGAUGGAAUCAAAGUAUGGAAUUUCUCCAGGAAGGAAACAUUAUUCUUGCAUGGUGGAUGUGCUAGGGCGUGCCGGUUUGGUGGAGAAAGCUGAAGAGCUUCUUCUGCAGUCGCCACCCGUAGAAUCUGACUGCGUUUCUUGGAGCUCUUUGUUGCAGAGUUGCCGGUUGCAUAGAAAAGAAGCAAUCGGGAGAAGGGCAGCGACUGUCUUGUUGGAUCUUGCACCCAAUAAUUUCUCAGUUCACAUUCAAGUUUCCAACUUUUACUCUGAGAUCGGAGAAUCUGAGCUCUCCAUCCGAAUAAGAGAAAUUGCCAAGUCACAUCAGCUCAUGAGGGAGAUCGGUUUCAGCUCUGUCGUCGUCAAUAUUUCAGAACAGUUGUGACGUGUCUUUUUUUUUAAUUAACUUCAUGUGAUGUGGCACUUUUCUGUUGGUUGGACACCAUCUGCGAGACUACGACUCAUUAGCCAUAUACACCGCCACCGCGUCUUCCAAGGGUAGUCCUGGUAUGUCGCAAAAGGAAACAUCUACUUAGUGAUGUGGCGGUUUCUGAUUGGUCGGACCACAGAAUACUUGCUGAGCAUCCGCACUCGGUC